GUUUUUUAAAUUCAAUACUCAGUCAUUUCUCUAAUACAUUACCAGAUAAUUUGUUAUCAAGCUGAGGGAUAAGACCAACGUUUAAGGUCAAAAUACAAAUUGUAAAGAUUUUUUUGGUAUCAGUAUUUUGAUAAGAAAUUUAUAAUUCUACCGUUUCAGAAAAAAACCCACACUAUUCUCUAAUUUUCAGUGCUCCAUAUACAUUAUUCAAAUAUGGAAUCUGAGCCAAAUGUAGUAUUAAGCACAGAGGAAGUGAUACUUUGUGUUCAGCAAGAAGGAAGAUUAAUAAUUCCAAUGAACUAAUGCUCCUUGCAGCAUUUACUGCAAAAUAUUCCUGCUAUUUUACAUUGUCCAGGAGAAAAACUAGAAACGCUAACAAAGUCUUAAAAAAAUUGUCCAAGCAAAAUUGACAUUAAACCUAAAAAUGUCUGGACCCUGACUCUAGAUAGCAUUUUAAAAAAUAAUUAAAGGAGUUACAUUCUAUUUAUUUAGGAUUAUAUCUUUUCAGUGACUUCAGCUGCUGAACUUUCAACAUAUUGCAUUUAGACUGUAAAUAUUUGCUUGCAUUAAUGUCACUUCAAUGAAAGGUGUGGUUUUAUACUUUUCUUAACCGUUUUAAGAAUACCUUGCUGCACAGAGGGACAUUCAUGCCUUUUUUCCUGGUUACCGAUCUAACUGGGAAGUAAUCCUGUGGGAAAAAAACCAAAACACGAAAGAUUAAAAUGUUCAGCUAGACCAAAGAAGGAAAGAGCAGGAAUGAGCAUGGUGUUAUGAGGAGAAGCAGGGGUGAGUGAUUCUGUGCCUUUCAGGAUCAGUGUGACCUUAUGCCAAGCCAAGGUAACUGAGAAACUAGCAGAGUUUUUAGUUAUGUUUGUAAUAACUAGUCCGCCUGAUUCUAAAUUGUGAACCAUUUCUAUAUACAGUGAAGUGAGUGAUUGGUGGCUCAUUGUGUGCUGCCCCCAUUUACAGUGGAUCUGGUCCUGAAGGAGUAAGGUGUUCAUCAGUGGAGAGAAGAUUGUGAAAUGUGAAUGUCAGAUAGGAGACAAGCUGGAUAGACGUUUCAAGGGAGAUGUCCUGCAUAGGAACAGAGCAUUUGCAUAACUCUGCCUUCAACUAGAAGAGAAAGUUCAAAUGCUCUGGUAUCAUUUUAAUAUGCUAUGAAUUCAGAAAGCUAGUUUUGAAUCAAUAAGCCUGUGCCAUCUGCAAGACACUAUCCCUGGAUAGUGUCAUUCUCAAAUAUCAAGCACUAACUCAAAAUAAAUUAAUUUUUCUGGUCUAGGUGCUGGCUGCAAAGUGCUUUGGCUCCAGCCAUUCUCCCAUAUCUGGGUCAUUUCAGAUAAGAGAUACAUGUUGUCUUGGUGCAGGAAGACUACUUUGAUACCUAACAGCAUCGCUACUGUUGUAGUGGGAGAGAAAGAAAUUAGUAGUCUGUACUUUUUGGUGGAAAUAUCAUAUCCAGUUGCUGAAACAGCCCAGCAAUUACUGCUUCAAUGCCAGUCUACACACAACUCCCUGUAAAGCUGAGAGUUCCUAGGCUCUAUUUAGACAGGGGCAACUAUGUUCUUUCAAGCCUUCCAGGAAUUUUGUUCUUGCUGUGGCCAUCUUCCCUCAUCUGAGGGUGUAAUGUCUGCUUUCUCUUUUUUUCUCUGACAGUUUUGCUCCUGUGUCACUGACCAUGACCCAGGUUAUUCCAAUUCCAGGGCACUUUGCAUGAUCUGCUGAUGGAGGGAGAGCACCCUCAGCAAUAUGUAAGGCCAAGGCCAGAAGGGUAUAUGGUAACAGUGGCAAUGAGGAGCCAUGAUGUUUUGACUGAUGAAGACUAGGAAUAUUAUGUUUCCGUUGAAAAAUUGCCUCAAACUGGUCUUGUUUCUGGCAAGCUACCUUUAGAAUGUAGGGUCCCCAGCAGAAAUCUCCUUCUGCCAGAAGACAUACAUAUGCAAAUGAAAGGACGAUGGCUGAGGUCCUGACCAGAUGGUUGGUCUCACUGUGCAGUGCCAGAGGUGAGUGCUCUCUUUUAUGAAGUUACCUUAUACAUCAUAUAAUGUGAGCUCACCAGGUGGAGUCCUGAACACUGUCUCCAUGAUUUUGACCACGAGGUUAAUAUGAGACAAAAUGCCACAUAUCCUGAAGGGCUUCCAAUUGCUAUGAUGGAAUUUUACACAUCCACAAAUAUUAGAUUGGUGCCGAAGUGGUCAGCAUCUUAUAGAAAUGAAUGCUGAAUGAAGUUUUGCCCCCUCCACAUGCUUUCUGUAAGAAUCAUACAAGCUAAGAACAUCAAGUCAAGAGACCUGUGGACAAGUCCACUUUCCUGCCAAAACCUUGCGGGGCAAUGUUAUUCACUGCUUGAUACCAGUCUGAAGUAUUUAGGCAUCUCGGGCUGCAGUAGACAUCUUCAGUCAAGUCCAGAUUCCAGCUCUGAAAGACAUCACCUUGGAGAUUUCCUUUCACACGGUUGUCAAGCUUCACAAAUGACUGCAUCAGACUGCUAUGUGCGCUUGUGGCUGCCAUCUGCUUCAAAAGGAAAGCUUCGGACCAAAACCAUCAAGAAUUCGGACAACCCUGUCUGGAAUGAGACUUUCUACUUUAGGAUCCAAAGAGAAGUUGAGAACAUUUUAGAAUUGGCAGUGUGUGAUGAAGAUCCUCUCACCAAAGAUGAUGAGCAGUUCACAGUUCUUUUUAACGUUGCUAGAGUCAGACCUGGGGAGACAAUCCGUGAGACUUUUGCCUUGAAAUCAGAGACAGAGAGGUGCACUAAGAAAUGGGAAAGUUUGGAAGUGGAGUUCUGGAUGGAAAGAAUCCCCGGCCCUCCAGAGCGCCUCAUUACCAAUGAUGUCCUAGUGUCCCGUGAGGUUUGCUGCUUGGAAGUACAAGUGGACAUUAAUGAAAGCAGGAAAUAUUUGAGAGAGGGUAAAAAUCUCGUGCUUAGCGUGCCUGCCUCUCAUGAGGGAACACAGAGGACUGAAGAGGACACAGAUACUUUCUACUUCCAUUGCUUGAAGGCUUGGGAGCCAAUUCUAAAAGUCAGGCUGCAGAAAGUUUCUGAUAAGGAAGAUGUCAACAGCAAUUUAAGUGACACCUUAACAGUACCACUGAAAUUUCUCCCUGUUGGACAUAAAGUGAAAGUGACUCUCCCUGUAAGACAUAACGUGCCACUGCAGCUGUACCUGCAACUUAAUGAUUGCACAGAAAAACUAGAUGUACGCUUUGGGUACGAUCUGUGCCAAGAAGAGCAACAGUUCUUGCAAAAAAGGAAGAGAGUGGUUGCCGGUGCCCUGAAAAGGGUUCUUCAUCUGCAAAGAGAUCUUCAUGGACAUGAGGUCCCAGUAAUAGCUGUUAUGGCAACAGGCGGAGGUCUCAGAGCAAUGUCAGCAAUGUUUGGCCACCUCUUAGCUCUUCAGAAACUAAAUCUGUUGGACUGUGUUACCUAUCUCACCGGGGCUUCUGGCUCAACAUGGACCCUAGCAGACCUGUAUGAGCAUGCUGACUGGUCACAGAAGUCUCUAGAGGAGCCACUUAAGGCCGUGAAAGAAAAAGUGACAAAAUGCAAACUUAAUCUUAUGUCUAUAGACCAUCUGAAGUAUUACCACAAGGAACUCACUGAAAGGGCAAAAGCAGGACAUGUGUCAUCUUUUACAACUCUGUGGUCACUUGUUCAGGAAAUGUUCUUACAUGAACGGCCAAGAAAGUACAAACUCACAGACCAGCGCAGGGCAUUGGAGCAUGGACAAAACCCGUUGCCUUUCUAUGCAGUCCUCAAUGUGAAAGACGAGCAGUUUGGUACUUUCAAAUUUAGAGAGUGGGCAGAUUUCUCUCCUUAUGAGGUAGCCAUACCAAAAUACGGAGUCUCCAUUCCUUCAGAAUAUUUUGACAGCAAGUUCUUCAUGGGAAGGCGAGUGAAGAAGCUGGCAGAAUCUCGGAUCUGCUAUCUGGAAGGUCUUUGGACAAACAUCUUUACUAGGAAUUUGCUGGAUGGCUUGUACUGGUCCUCAAAUUCAAAUGAGUUCUGGGAACGAUGGGCCCAAGAUAUGGUAGAUAUAGAAAAACAUUCGCCUGAGGAUGAUAUCACUGUCAUCGAGCCUCCAUCCUGUCUGUCAGGGAAGUUGUAUGAAAUGUUUCAGGACAUUAUGACCAAGCGCCCACUACUGGCAAAGUCUCAUAACUUCCUGAGAGGCUUAGAAUUUCAUAAGGAUUAUAUCCAUCAGAAAAAAUUUAUUGAAUGGAAAGACACUGUACUGGAUGCUUUCCCUAACAGUCUGACACCGCUGCAGAAAUAUCUUUGUCUGAUAGAUGUUGGCUAUUUCAUCAACACCAGUGGUGCAGCACUUUUCAAGCCAGAGAGGAAUGUAGAUGUCAUUAUAUCCCUUGAUUAUGGUUUGGGGAAUGUGUUCAAGCAAUUAGAGAUGACAUACAAAUAUUGCAAGAUACAAAAUAUCCCAUUCCCCAAAGUGGAGCUAAGUGAAGAAGAAAAGAAGAACCCAAAGGAAUGUUAUAUCUUUUCGGAUGCUGAGGACCCCAGAGCACCCAUAGUAAUCCAUUUCCCCCUGGUGAAUGACACCUUUAAGGAAUUCAAGGAGCCAGGGGUAAAGCGUGGUCACUCAGAGAUGGAAGAAGGCAAAGUAAAUCUGGAGAACAGCUGCUCACCCUACUACCUCAUUAGGUUAAUCUACUCCUCUGAAAAUUUUGAUAAACUUGUGAACCUGAGCAAAUACAACAUCCUGAAUAACAAAGACCUGCUCCUCCAGGCAAUCCGGAGUGCUGUAGAACGGAGGAGAAUGCGCAGGACUGGGAAUGUCUCCAGCUACUCUGGGUACCCCUAGGCUGGGAUUUUGCACUUUUUCCUACUGAAGGCUAUGGCAGCACUUUGCAACACAUCACAGUCACAUUGCAACACAUCACAGUGUUCAUUAUUUGCAGAAAACUGAGGAAACCUGUACAUUUCUCAUCUUGCCUUGUUCAAGCUCCUAGCUUUCAAAAGGGUUUAUUUAAUCUUACGUUUUCAGCCCACAAGAGCCUCACACUGUGGUCUUACUUGUUAAGAAAUUAAGGUCCUGGUUAGCAGAGACCUCUCAGGAUCUUUCUGAUAUUAUAUCAGGUGGUGGUGGUGGUGCUAGAUAGUUUUUUGUAUGUGCCUGUCCUUUCAACCCUGAGCCCAUUAUUGGUGUCUUUUCAAUGCUUCAUUACAAACCAAGUCCUGGCCAUUUGCAUUCAGUAAUGUCCAGAUUUUCAGAUAGGCUGAGCAACUAGAAUUUGCACUGAAUUGGUGGGCUCAGCUUUGAAGUCAGGCCAGAGUCAUAUUUGUGAACAUAUGUGAACAAUGACCAAACUGAAAUGUGGACAGUCACGCUCUGUCUGGCCAAUUCCCCUUGCUGAUUUAGAAGUUACUCCUUUUUUUUCUGUUCCCCUGCCAGAGUUUGGCACAGAAAUGCUGCUCCAAACUGCCACAAAGGGGGCAGUUACAUUUCAAGGAGAGAUGACGUUAGCUGCAGUGAGUGAGUAUGGUUCUUUUGAGCGUUGGCUGGAGGAAAAGUUCUGAAUAGAGCAUGAGUAGUUGCAUUGAUUUAUACCAGCAGUGCCUUUAUACGUUAAAACGUCAAGAGCCUGAAACAAACUUUUGAUAGCAGAAGCUUUAGUAGAUUCUACCGUAAAUCUACUUGAAUCUACCGUAGAUUCAAGUACAUUUAAUUAAGUAAUAAUGACCAAGCCAUAAGCUGGUGCUCCUUACAGAUGUAAACUGAAUGUACGACAACGUAACUCACUAACAGAAUGCAUAGCCACUGCCUUUUCACACCCAGAAGACUUUUACAUUUUACAGUCUUCUAUCCCUUAUAACAGGCAAAGUAUUUUUAGAGCUGCUACACGAAAUAGAGCACAAAUAAGAAAAAAAAAAGGAAAUUCUCUAUCACACCUCCUUGUUGGAGGAAAAAAUUUGGAAAAAUGACACCUGGUUUUCAUUUGCUUUGGAGUGCAGUGAGAGAUUUUUGCCUUGAACUAGGAGCUUGGAACAUCUUUAUGGCCUUCCACUAUAUUAAAAAGAUGGCAGGGAAGGAUGCUGACCAAUAUAAAACAGAGCUCCAGAGGAGUUCGCAGACUUCUCUAACAUUGAAGUAUUUGGACCUGCUUCUGCCUUGUUUAUUCCGAACACAGCAUAUUCAUCAGGAACCUCCAAGGAAAAUCUUAUACAUUUCUUCCAUGUUGGAAAUUUACUUGAGACCUAGAAUUAUUUUACUUGAAAUCCAAAAUUAGACAAAGAAAGAGCAACAGGGUAUAUGCAGGCAGUAGUCAAGCUCAAAGAGAGAGCACUUACAAAGACUUCAUUGCCUGAACCCUGCAUCUAUUAAAUGCUGCUACUGCUGCAAUGGCAGUGAGUAAGCUGUAGCAAUAUUCCUUGUACAGUGCUAAUUUCCUGAGCUAAAGAAUAUCAUGCAAAACCUGAGGAGUAGUAAAAGCUGGAAUGCAACUGCACAGCUGAAUUCUGGCCAUGAGAAGUUAAGAACUAAUGGGAUACCAGCUGCAAGAAAAAAAAAGAAAGAACCAUUUUGAGUUGAAAGGUGAGAUAGCAACAGGGAACUAUCUAUCUCAAAAAGAGAGUCCUACCAGCAGGAUCUGUUACGUUCGCACAGGAGAGCAGCACAUCCAGGUACAGUAUUUCGUGGCACAUACAAAUUUUCAUGCUCCUCUGGCUGGUCAUAUAAAGAAACCCCUCCCUAUAACCUGCUUGCACAGAACAAAAACUAAUUCCAUCAUGACUGUGGAGAGGCUGUGUGCUCCCAUGUCCUGGUGCACCCUGAUUCACCCAGGCUCCACAGACAUUUGGUGUUCAACCCCCUGCUUGCCCCGGCUGGAAAGGAUGGACAAGAAGUGAGUGACACCAUCAUGCUGUCCAUCUCAUGUCCUCACUGCUCUUGAGACAUCGAAUUGUUGCUUACAUUUUCCAGCAUUACACUAUUACACAGGAGCUGCAAAGGUUUGAGCUGGAGGACAGGGCUGGGGGCUGAACAGUUAGGGGGGAGUUCCAGUAACAGCAACUGAUAGUAGCUAGGUAGUUGUGGGUGGAGAAGGUGGUGUGACUCUCCCUUUGCCAGGAGAACUGUCACCAAAAUUUGUGCUAACGCUUAAAAUCAAGCUGGGGACUGCUGUUCAAUUUUGCAGCCGGAGGCACAGACAAGCAUAUUCCCAUUCAUUUCCUUGGGGCCCCAUGUGGUAUCACUGUAGCCUUAAAUGAUAUUAGUUUUAUCAAAUAUAUUUUUGUAUUUCAGGGCUUGAAAUUAUGCAAGGGCUCUAUCAUUGCCCAUCAGAGUGCCUUUUUGUUUUAUUUUGGUUACUUUUUUGGUUUUGUAACAUGAUGUGGAUGUGACACACAGGAACAUGUUUAGUGGUCAACUUGGCAGUGCUGAGUUAAUGGUUGGACUCAAUGGUCAUAGAGGUCUUUUCCAACCUAAAUGAUUCUAUGAUUCUGUGACAUUAAGGGAGUACGCUGCUGGCUUGAUGGUGUGGCAGGAGGACCUGGAGGGC